AUGGCGGCUCCUGAGGAACAACUAGACAGAGAAUGCAGAAGAUUUCAGAUGCACUGGGAAAAUGAAACUGCUGACGAUUAUGAUUGCAGUGAUUUGUCUUUAAGCUUUGUGCCAGAUGAUAUCCCAGACUCCACUAAAAGUCUAGAUUUUAGCUUUAACAACUUACCAGCAUUGUACAACUCCACCUUCCACAGACUGACAAAUCUGGUUUCUUUAGACUUAACGAGGUGCAAGAUCAGUUUCAUAUAUGAGGAUGUCUUUCAACACCAACCAGACCUCGAAUGGCUCAUUUUGGUAGCAAAUCCACUGGUAUUCAUAGAAGACAGUGGGUUUUCUGGACCAGUAGCUUUAAAACAUCUCAAUUUAGCUCAAUCAAUGAUUUGCAGUUUAACUGACAUCCCAACUGAAAAUCUGUAUCACUUGGAGACUUUAGAUCUUGGAGGAAGUAACAUUCGCUCUUUAGACGGCCUUGACAAUUUCCAUCUGGAACAGAUGAAGAGGCUUCAUCUAGGCAUGAAUUCUAUUGCAAAGAUAACAGCGGCGGACGUGAAGAAACUUCAGAAAUCAAACAGAUUAGAAAUAAGCUUUAAAGCAAAUGAUCUUGUUUAUGUUGAACCGAAUGCUUUUUAUUCACUCAACAUUGCCAGUCUGGAUUUCAGUGGCUGCUUCAACAAAAUAGACCCCUCCAUUUUACUAAAGGGAUUAGAGGGAAUCAAAACUAACAAGCUUUAUUUAGGGACAUAUAAAGACAACCCAAACAGUUUCAUAAACUCUGCUGCACUCCAGUCCUUCUGUAACAUAUCAGUGGUUGAUUUAGAUUUUCAGUUGCAACAUUUCUCUGACUUCAUUGACAAUAGCUUUAAGUGCCUGGCUGGGCUUCAGAAGUUAGACCUGACUAGAGCAUACAUAUCAACUCUUCCAUCUAACCUGACCAACCUGUCUACACUGUUCCACCUUGUGCUGGAUGAGAAUUCAUUUGAAGAUGUUUGCCACAUCAAUGCUGCAAACUUCCCCAUGUUGAAACAUUUGUCCAUCAGUGGUAACUUGAGAUUUCUUAAAUUCAAAAAGAGCUGUCUAGAGCCUCUCAGUCACCUUGAAGGGUUACAGCUUAGUCACAGCACAUUAUACACUGGAUCUGCCUGCUGUACCAAACAACUGUCUGGUCUUAAUGAAUUGAAGCUUCUAAAUCUCAGCUAUAAUAGUAAAAUGAACUGGGAGCUGUUACCAUUCAAUAACACUCCACAUCUAAAAAAUUUAGACUGCAGCCAUUUAAGGUUCAAUUUAAACACCAUCUCCCCCUUUAACAAUCUACAAAAUCUGCAAACACUCAAUCUGUCAUGGUCAGAAACAGACAUUAAUGUGAAUGUUGAUAUUCUGAAGGGCCUGGACAGUUUACGAGUGCUAGAUCUAAAAGGAAAUGCAAUACAAAAUGGGAUUCUGGCAAAUGCAGAGAGUUUUAAUCACGUUCCCCUUCUGGAGAUUCUGGAUCUGUCUGCAUGUGGUAUAACAGGUUUCAGUAAAAAUGAGUUUAAAGGCCUGGCCAAUCUUAGAUAUGUGGACUUGAGUGCAAAUCAGUUGACCACACUCAGUCUUACUGCCUUUUACUCACUAAAGCAGAUCCAGCUUGAUUUUGCCUGUAAUAAAAUUGCAGUUGUGGAUUUUAAAAACAUUGAAGGAUUUGGAAAUAGCAGUAAUUUGAGUCACAAUCCACUGGUUUGCAAUUGCACCAAUUAUCCGUUUAUUAUUUGGGUUAAAGAAAAUGUGAACAAAAUGAAACACUUACAGAAGACGGUUUGUAAUACCACAAACAAGAAGGUUAUAGAUGUUGAUUUACAGUGUGAGUUUUCUAGAAGAACAUUGGGAAUUGUUCUUGCAAUUGCAUUAACGGUUGCUGUAAUAAUACCUGUGAUUUACUUUGUGAGAAAAAACAAGGCAAGAUAUAGAAACUACACUGUACUGUAA